UAUAAAAGCAACUGAGAAUUAUCCUCUUGACACAGGACCGUCACCUGUAAGACAGAGAGGAAGAUCUGUGUGUCACAAUGGGAGCUGUUGUAGCAUUAGCAGUGUUGCUGGGAACUUUAUCUUACGUUCGCUGUGUUGAACUCACACAGCCUGGCUCUGUGGUUGUAAAACCAGGACAGUCUCUGACCAUCUCCUGUAAACUCUCUGGGUAUUCUGUGACCGAUAGCAGCUAUGCUACACACUGGAUUCGACAGCCUGCAGGGAAAGCUCUGGAAUGGAUCGGGCGAUAUUAUGUGGAUGGGGGAACCAACCAAUAUCUUUAUAAAGAUUCCCUGAAAAGCAAGUUCGCCAUCUCUAUAGACACGUCCAGUAACACCGUAUCUUUACGAGGGAGCAGCCUGCAGACUGGAGACACAGCUGUGUAUUACUGUGCCCGAUUACAGUACAACUACUUUGACUACUGGGGUAAAGGCACUCAAGUCACCGUUUCAAACACACCACCCUCCCUCUUCCCUCUAAUGGCAUGCGGGCCUAAAGGAUCCAAUCACCUGACCCUGGCCUGCAUCGCCAGGGGCUUUUCGCCUGAUGCGAGCGUGACCUUCCGGAGCACCUGCGGAAUGGCCGGGACUACGUCCACUCAGUACCGAGCAGUGCAGAUCAGUGGGUCCUACGCAAGCAUCAGUCUUGUCAGUGUAAAAGCGGAAGAGCGGGAGUCCUACAGUUGCUCCGUGAAUGAUUCGUCACUGAAUGAGAAGAUGGAAGUGAGUUUCAAGAAACCAGACCAGACACCCUGUCUGGAGGUGACCCUGAAUCCCCCAAAGAUGAGGGAAUUGUUUGAAAAUAACCAGGCUGUGCUGGACUGCGUUAUCACUGGGGAAGAGAGGGCAGCAGUGCAGGGAGCCAGCAUUACCUGGACACCGAGUGGAACAGACACCUCGAGCAACGAGAGUCAGAUCACACAGGACGGACAUGUGUACAGGAAGACCAGCACUCUGACUCUGGGACAGGAACGCUGGUUCACCGAGCAAAAUGUUCAGUGCUCUGUCCAACAGAUCAGCAAUAAGCCGACCAUCACAAAAUCUUUCAGCCGGAACACCAGCGGGUCAAAAGUUCCCAAGGUGGCUAUAUACACACCCUCAAAAGAAGAAGACAGUGAGUUUGUCUCCCUGGUCUGUGUAGUGGCAGGCUUCUCUCCCUGGGACGUGUUCGUCAUGUGGACAGUGGGUAAUGGACCCUAUGAAGAGGGCAUCACCAGUGAGCCUGUGGAGAGCAAAACUGGCACCUUCUCUGUCACAAGUUUGUUCAAUGUCUCGACAGCGAAGUGGAAGUCCCCAUCCAUAGUCACCUGCAAUGUGAAGCAUAUUUCUGUGGCCAAUGGAGAAGCCCCUAUCACAACAUCUGUGUCCAGAUCAACUGAAACAGUAUCAGCUCUGAAUUGUAAUGAUGAAGGUGAGGAAGAAGAUGAGCUUGGCAGUUUGUGGUCCACCACCUCCUCCUUCAUCACCCUCUUCCUCUGCACUCUCAUCUACAGCACCCUCCUCAGUUUGAUCAAGAUGAAGAAGUGAUGUGCUACACAUGGGAGAUGGGGUGAAAGCUUAUUUUUUGAAUGUAUUGAUAGUUACAUGUCAAAAAUGUGUCGUAUAGAAGAUUGUGUCAUGUUUUCUUGAGCUGAAUAUCUCUGUUUUUUCCAUUACUCCACAGUGUCUAUGUUCAGAUUUCUUUCAUUACCUAAUUAGUGAAAUGUCUGUAUAAAUCCUGUUUAUACCAGUGUUUUCUGUGGACAUCAGACCCACAGUGCAGCACAUAAUUGGCUGCAGUUUAGUCCUAGAAGGAAAGGUUUUAGUUGGUGUUAUUGGUUUUGAGAUUUCACCUCUUACAAUAAAUAAGCCAGUGUCUUUCCAUAUGAAAUGGCAUGUAUUUCACAUCAUAUCUCUCAAGUUAGUGAAUAUUUUCAUAAGCAAAAGAUUAAAGAGAAGUGUUCUAAAGAGAAUCUCCCAGUGUCUGAAAUGCUGUUUUUGCCAUGUAGAGCUGGCCUGAGUGCAGUGUACAGGGCUGCAGAGGGAGGUGUGCUCUGUAUAUUUAACCAGACUCAGAGUGAAAGCUGCAUAUCAGAGUUUAGCAGAGCUAAGGCUUCACAGUCAAACCUGAACACUCUCAUCAUAUUGCGUGUCACUCUCAGCUAACAUGUGGUAUUUGUGUAAAAUGCAUGAAAUAUAAUGAAUAAAAGGAUAAAUAAAUAUCCA